CACAGCAAGAGGCAAACACCUACAGUAACCAAGAACUCCGGUCUACCCGAUGUAGAUCGAAGCACAUCUCACAAGGUAUUUGGUUGCCUUAAAGUGACGUAGGCGGGGUCUGGGGGAUGAGCAAAUGACUGCGGCACGAGACCCUUUUGUACAAUCGACUUUCUAUUUCCGGGCGUCCAGUCUAUUUUAACUCACCUUCACCCAUCCUACAAUACUCCUCAUAUUCGCUUUCUGUCCCUAGCCUACGAAUAUUGAUUAUAAUUGUGUCCUUGGACACUGGAAGAGACUGAACAGCGAUGGCAGCGGCUGAAUAUUACUAUGGCACCCAGGAAGUGCACAACCAGAAUAGACCAAAUGUCAACCCGCCACAACCCCAAUUCCCAUACCAGCAACCACCACCACCUCUGCAACAACACCUUCAACAAUAUGGCACGCCACUGCCGUCUUACUCCCUAUACCCUCAACAACAGCCUCCUCGACCUCAAGGAUACCCUUCCCAGCCUCACCAACAACCAUAUUCUCCCGCUAGUAGACCCGCAAGCGCUGCACCAUAUCCGCAAACACCACCCAUGGCGCCGCAACUGUAUCCCCCAGGGCCGCUACCCCAACAGAAUGGAUUUCUAGGCGCACCACUUCAACCCAUCCGAAGUCACUCACAACCCGCUAGAGUCUAUUUCGGAGAUGAGAAGAAGUACGACAGCGAUUCUAGCACCGAAUUCUCGCCAUCUCAGAGCGAUCGGCCGCAACGGCGUUCCCACCAUGGUCGGCGGAAACAUCGGUCAUCUCACGCUCAACACCAUCACCGUCAUGCUCGAAGUCGAUCUCGCUCCUCAUCCACCGACCGUGAACGUGACUUUGAUUAUCAACGAAGGCAAAUGACGCGGAGAGCGGAACACAAAAAUCGAGAUACGUUUUUAGGAGCGGGAGGUGGUGCAAUCAUCGGCGAUGCGAUUUUCCCCGGUUUAGGAACUGCUGCAGGUUUGCUGUUAGGAGGUUACGGGGGAAGGAAGCAUGCGCAAAAGAGUAGCAGCGAGACCGGGCAAGGUAGAGAGUUUCAUCGGGGACGGCUGAGGGAGGGCGAUGGGUGGGACGAGGGGAGUGCAACGUUUCGUAAAGGCCAUGCUGUGAGAUGAGUAAGGCUGCGUAGUUCCGGAAUAGGUUCAUGUAAAUGGUGUUGGACAUGUGAAAAGACUUUCUGGCAACGGCUGGGCGGAUGCAGUUGCAUACCUGUAUAUUAUUACUCCUUUCGUGCUCCUUCAUUUCUUGUCUGCGUCUGGUCAGCGUGUGGCUUUUUCGCAAAUUACCCAGCAACGUUGUCCACAUGUUCAAUUUUCUUAUACUGUGCAUGUAGAUCAAACGACUUCAAUAUCGAACAGCUUCAGCACCUCACUUCACG